AUGCAUCACCCAGGGACUGUCAAAGAGGACUCUUACACUGACACGCUGGACAAGACAGUGGAUGACCCACCGACCACUCCUGAGACCAGCGCCACCAGCACACCUACGGCGGCCGGGAAGGUCGGCCGCGGCCGCGCGCGUGCUCAGGGCCCAGGAGCCAGUGCGCAGGCGCAGGCCGCGCUUCCGACGGAGGUAGAAGAAACCCUAAAGAGGAUUCAGAGCCAUAAAGGGGUGAUUGGAACGAUGGUUGUCAAUGCAGAAGGCAUCCCAAUCCGAACCACCCUGGACAACUCGAGCACAGUCCAGUACGCAGGCCUGCUGCACCAGCUGACCAUGAAGGCCAAGAGCACCGUCCGCGACAUUGACCCUCAGAACGACCUGACCUUCCUGAGGAUCAGAUCGAAGAAACACGAAAUCAUGGUCGCUCCAGAUAAGGAAUACCUCCUGAUCGUCAUCCAGAAUCCCUGUGAGUAG